AUGGAGAGUAUCCCGGCUGAUUUGGCUAAGAAGGGUUUGGAGAAAUUGAUCGAUAAGGCAAUAGCAGAAUCACGAUAUAUAUGUUGCUUCUCUUGCAUUGUUGCAGACUUUAAAAAGCAAAAAGGAAAGUUGGAAGCAAAACGAAAGGCUGUGGGGCAACGUGUUGAUGCAGCGAAAAGAAACGCACGUGAACCUUUAGCUGAUGCCACUUAUUGGCGAGAGGAAGUUGGUGAGUCAAUUCAAGAGGAAACCGAAACAGAAAAGGCGUGGUUUUUUAGAUGGUGUCCUAAUUGCAUAUGGCAGCGAUAUAGUAAGGGAAAGGCAUUGUCCCAAAAGACAGAGGAGAUCAAAAAACUCUUGCAAGAAAACUUGGAUACUGAAGGAGUCGCUCCUCAACUUCCAGGCGUGGAAUACUAUUCUUCUGAAGAUUACAUUUCUUUCAAGGGCAGAGAGUUGAAAUACGAAGAACUUUUGAAUGCACUGAGAGAUGAUAAUAACUAUAUAACCGGAUUGCAAGGUAUGGGCGGCACCGGUAAAACUACAUUGGCAAAAGAAGUGGGCAAGCAACUGAAGAGAUUGGAAGAAUUUCAACAAGUAAUCUUUACUACAGUGUCAUACACUCCUGACAUUAGAAAGAUUCAAGAUGAUAUUGCUGUACCCUUGGGAUUAGAAUUGAAGGAUAAGAGCGAAUUAGAGCGACGCGGAUUACUGUGGAAGAGAUUAACCGAUGGUGAGAAAAAUCUUCUAAUAUUGGAUGACGUGUGGGAUCAUGAAGAUAUCAAAUUUGAAGAAAUAGGGAUUCCAGGUAGGGACGAUCGCAAGGGUUGUAGAGUUUUUCUAACCACACGCAAGGUAAGGGUAUGCAAAUUAAUGGGAAGUACAAGUAUAAUUAAUCUGGAUCUCUUAUCAAAUGAAGAUGCAUGGACCCUGUUCAUGAAGCAUGCUGUUUUAAGCGAUAGUACCCCUCAAAGUUUGCUGAAUAAGGGACUUAAAAUUGUCCUAGAAUGCAAAGGACUACCAAUUGCAAUUUCAGUUCUGGCUAAAAGUUUAAAGGACGAAAAACGGGAGGAAGAGUGGGAUGAAGCCAUAAAUUCCUUGCAGAAGACUAUACCCAGGCAGAGUGAUGAUGAUGCUGAUGAUGCUGAUGAUGAUGAUGAUGACAGUCAUAAGAAUCUGGUUAAAGUUUAUAAUUCUUUGAGGUUUAGCUAUGAUAGAAUGAAGAAUAAAAAAGCCAAGAGAAUGUUCCUCUUAUGUUCUAUGUUCCCAGAAGAUGAAGAACUUUCUACUGAAAUUUUAACCAGAUAUGUUAGGGUCAUUAUACUUUUUGGGGAAGUUGGUGAAAAAUAUGAUGGUGCUCGAAGCCAAGUAGUUAAAGCCAAAAAUGAACUCAUAGAUUCUGGUUUAUUGUUGAAGGCUGAGAAGGGUCAUGUGAAAAUGCAUGACUUGGUUCGUGAAGUGGCCCUAUCGAUGGCUAAGAAAGAGAUUCUAGCAGUCAAUUUGGCUAACAAACGUGAAAAGUUAUCGGCUGAAAGUCAGAAGAAUAUUAAAUAUUUGUUAUGCCAAGGCAAGGACAUGGAUCUAUUUUCCUUUAGGUUUGAUGCUUCCAAACUUAAGAUUCUAAAAGUUUGUGUGGUUGGAGGAAACUCAAUGGAAAUGCCAAAUUCAUUCUUCGAAAAUAUGACAAAUCUUCGAGUUUUGCAUUUAUCAUCUGGGAUUUGGGGAUGGCGUCUCUCAUUGCCACAGUCAAUCGAGUCAUUGAAGAAUAUUCGAUCUCUAUUCCUUGAAAGAUUGAAAUUAGGUGACAUCUCUAUUCUGGGAAAACUACACAGCCUUGAGGCUCUUGAUUUGGUUGAUUGUGUGGUGGUUGAAUUGCCACGUGAAAUUGCGGAGCUGGAGAGACUUAGAUUGCUACACUUGUAUAGGUGUCUUACUGGUACGAAUAAUGCAUUAGAAGUGAUUGAAAGACACUUAUCACUUGAAGAAUUGUAUUUCAUUCAAUUCAAGGUUUACAGCUCAGCGAAUGAUAAGAAAAUAACAUUGCCUGAAUUGCAAAGGUAUCAUAUAACAGAGAGGUAUACUGACGGAGCAAAUGAUUCAAUGCCAAAAUAUGUGUGUGCUUCAUACAUUGAUGGUUAUUUCUCUGAAGCAACAUUCAAGUAUCUGGUACAAACAACAGAGAUUCUUAAGCUAGAAGGAAUUAUGGGGGAGUGGAAAAAUCUCAUACCUGAGAUUGUUCCGAUAGAUGAAGGUAUGAAUUAUCUUGUGAAGCUUCGUUUAGAAUCUUGGUCAGAAUUACAGUGUCUAAUUGACACUAGUCAUAUUAAUUCUCUGGAACAAAAUGUCUUCUCCAAGUUGGUUGUACUAGAACUUGAAAAGAUGGAAAACUUGGAAGAACUAUGCAUUGGUCCCCUUCCCUCUGACUUUCUCAAGUGUUUAGAGACGUUAUUCAUCAAACGUUGUUAUGUUUUGCGAAGCAUAUUGUUUAAGGGAAAGCUAAACCUUUCCAAUCUUAAAAUCAUCAAACUGAUUUAUUGCCCGAAGUUGGUAAACCUAUUUCAACUAUCGACAUCUCAAAGCCUAGUUCUGUUGGAGGAAUUGGAGAUAAGUUUCUGUGAACAACUGGAAAACAUAAUAGCAGGUGAAAGAAUAGGGGAGGAAUUGGGAGAAAUAGUUGGUGCUGAUAAUGAUAACAACAGAAGAAAGAGUUACACCGCAAUGUUUCCGAAUUUGAAAAUGCUUUUUAUUGCACAUUGUCCCCGAUUGGAAUUCAUAUUUUCGAGCCUUUCUGCUCGAGAUGUUCCUGUAAUAGAAUCUAUCGAUAUUGGGCAUUGUGGUGAGCUUAAAUACAUAUUUGGCAAAUACCAACAUGAAAAUGAAGAGGCAUCGAAUCAUCUUGGGAAAAGUACUCAAUGUCUUUCAAAACAAUCACAAAUGCUGCACAAUAUUAAAGAGAUUCAACUUUAUCGUGUUUCCAAGAUAGAAUCCGUAUUUAUCAUGUCUAUUACUCCAACAAUGAUGUUGGAAACAUUGAUAAUUAGGGAAUGUGAUGAAUUGAAGCACGUAAUAAUAGAUACCAAAGAUGACCGAGGUGGCAAUAACUGGGGCGACGUGUUUCCGAAAUUGGAAAAGCUCUUGGUGAAGGAAUGUGGGCAAUUGGAGUAUAUAUUUGAGAUUCAACUUCAAAAUCACAAUGAGAUUCAGAUUCUUCUUCCAGCAUUAAAAUAUCUCGAAUUUCACAAGCUGCCAAACUUAAUCGGCAUUUGCUCUGAAAACUAUCGCAUAACCUUCCCACUUUUGACGGAGUUUACACUCAGUGAAUGCUACCAGUUUAGCAUUAAAUCUAUUGGUGAAUUGUCCGUUCAUGAUUCAAGAGAAUUAGGUACCACAACCAUCAAGGUACCCACCCCUCUUUCCAUAUAUCUUUGUUGUUUGUAG